AGACGCCAGUGGGUGAAUGGAUCUCCUCCCUCACCCGGCGAGGCAUCAGAGAGAUCUCGAUCGCGGGGGACUCGCACCACCGCAUGCUUGCCGCCCACCUCUUCUACAUGCUGUCGGGCGAGGCCGACCUGGCGAACCGGAAGGGGCGGCAUGAUUUGGCGUUUGUGGCGCGGAACGGGAGGAACGAGACGCUGAGGAUUAACUUCUACUGGGUGGAUGGCAUCUACCAUAACGGCGAAUUCGGCUGCACGCACAGAGGGGCCUUCUCGCAGCACUACGACUCCUUCCCCAACAUCUCCCUCUCAAGUGACGUCAUCAUCAUCAACAGUGGCUAUUGGGCUGGCAAGCGUUGUUUGCAUCCGCUCACCGCCCUCCGCACCCACCUCCCUCAAUACCUCGCCUGGGCCCAGUCCCAAGCCACCGCCGCUGCUGCUGCUGCUUCUGCCUCCCAAGCCUCCUCUGCUGCUGCUGCUGCAUCUGACACAAGCCUUGGUGAUUCCUCUCCUGCUGGUUCAGACCCGAGUGGUUCAGCCCCCCUUUCUGGUGGUGCAUUCUCGUCGCCUGUCUCUCCAGCACCAAGCGGGGCCAGCCUGAGGGGGGCUUCAGCAGCUGCUGUCACCAGGCAGUCAGGAACAACACGUGGUGGUGAUAGGGCAGAACGCCUGUUACGCGGUAACACGACAAGCAGCAGCACCACCACUACCGUCGAUGUCAAAAGGGCAGCAGUCAUGGGCACGAGUCGCCGGGUUCGGCUGAUCAUGCGCUCUGCACCGCCAGUGCCCAACGGCGGGGACAGCUGCAACAUUGCCAGCCGCAUCUACGAAGGCCCCGCCACCAACCUCUUUCUCUCCGCUGCUAACCGCCUGACCAAACACCUGAUUGACCAGGUGAACGCUGGCAGUUCUGGUGGUGGUGGUGGUGGUCCUGGUAUGGCUGGUAGAGCUGUCCCCCAUAUUGAGUUCUUUGACAGCUGGCAAGUGGAGGCGCCGCGGUUUAUGGAUGUGUGUCCUCGCGAUCAUCACUUCCACUGCUACGGAUCGGAUGGGAGGGGGAAGGUGGUGAUGAGAGGCGAUGUUGGGGAAGCUGUUGUGAGGUCCCUGAUUCAUUACAUAGAGCAUGGGGGGGAGCGAGGGGACUGA